AUGACAAAGAUAUCAGAAAUUACAUCAAGUAUUUUGGUGAUUGGCGAAGAAACCGCAGACAGUGAAGAGAACGAAGAUAUCUCAGCAUUGAUCAAAAGUCUAACCAUGUUUGAAUCUAAUGUGCUAGGAAUAACAAAAUCAACCUUGGGAGAAUUAAACUCAAAAAUAUCUGCAUUGCAGACUUUGGUUGCUGAAAAGAAAGUCGUUAAAGGUAUAACACAGCUUUCAGAUUUGAGUUCCAUGGUCCAGAGUACAAUAGAAGGUGAAAUUAGUAUGAUUGUUGCAGAUAACGCGAAAAAAGAUACUGUUGAAAUCAAGCAGAAAUAUAAAAAAUCCGUCACAAGUAUUCAACAAGUGUUUGCCGAUAUUUUAGAGGCUGUGGGUGACAGUAGUACUGGCGAAAGUAUUGAGUCAGAAGAAAUAAAACAAGCAACAAUUAUUCUUCAAAAAAUAAGUGACUCCUCUGCUACAGAAGAAGACCUACAGACACUGGAUGAACUAACAGCUGUGUUACAGGAGACCACUUUUGAGCAGGGAGCGAUUAUAACCAACCUUGAAAGUGCCACUACUCUUGCCAGUGACAUUGAUGAAUCACUGGCAGGUGGUCUUGCAGAAGACGUCUUUGAUUUAACAUAUGCAGAUGACUUAUUCGCCGCGAAAGAGGAGGUCUCUUUACUUUCGCAUGCUGAAUCCACAUUGACUUCUACAUUAACCGAAGGAGCGGAUAUAAGUGACGAAGCAUUUGUUACAGUAUUAGAAAGCAUUAAGGAAAUUAAGGAGCAAACAUCUAGUAUCAUGAGCUCAUCUUUCAGCACCACUCUUGAGAAACUGCUUACUGGAAGUACAAGCAUGACACAAGAGAAGAAAGUCGAAGGGCUAAAGACCUUACAGCGAAUGAUACAUUCUGCCAUAGUUACACAGUCAUUAAGUAUUUCUCAAGGUUCAGCUUCCCAGUCUAGUGGAGCUACAUUUGAAAUGGUAAAAAAAGCUGAAGAACAACUUUCAGGCAUUGAAGUUCUUCUUACCAGUAUAAAAGAGAAGGUUAGUGCAAGUGAUGGUUCCGGUACAUCCAUGGAAUUUGUUGAUUUUACGAAUUUCCAGAGCUUCUUACAACAAGAAGGGGCAUAUGAUUCCGAGGACAUUGCUUUCAUGAUCUCAUUCUCAGAAGUUUUGACAAAUGUAAUUAGUAAACUUGAGGAAGGGGGAGUUACAGAGAUAAUGAUGCUCGAUGAACUAAUGACAGCUGUGAAAGAGGAAAAGACAAUGGUUUCCAAUGAAGUUAUAACAGCAAAGAGAAAUGUUAUUAAAGAAAAACAGAGCGUGUAUUCCGAAGCUGCGUGUAAAACAAUAAGGAGCACUUAUCAGUCAAUCCAAAGUUUAGCAGCCGAAACCUCAGGAGAGGUAAGUGAAGUUACGGAAGUUACAGAUUUCUACUUUAAACUGCAGAAGAUUGAUGUAGCCACCAUGACUGCUGCUGAAAUCAAGAUGAUAGAAGAAGGUAUGGCGAGCAUUACUAGCAGUAUUUCCACAGCAUCAGGUGGUGUUGCCUUCCUGAGCAAUAUAAUAGAGAAACUGGCAAUCAUAGAUGUUCGUGGCGCAGAAAUUGUUGAGCGAAAGAAGGCAGUAGGAAACAGUUUAAUCAUAGAAAAAUCACUUGGAAACGUUGAGGAUACCUUACAGACUUCAUUAAAAGACCUUAGUAGCAUAGAGACAACAAUUGGAGUAUUGUCUGAUGAUGCAGAGUAUACUGAAGAUGCAACUGUGACUGAAGCAUAUAACUUGCUUGUCCAAUACUCUGCUGAUCUGAGACUUGUUCCAGCUGAUUUUGGAGAUUUGCUUGGAGCGUUUGACUUUACGGCAAUAACUGGAACUAAAGGAACCGGUAUCAAAUACUUCAAGGAGCUUAUCAGUCUUAUUACUCAAUACACAACUGCUUCACAACAGUCCAAGGAAUUCGUCGCCCAAUCUGAAGCACUUGAUCAGAGUUUCGAACUUGAAAGCUCCAUAACUCGAACCAUGGAUGCCCUGGGAGGCUUUGUAUUUGGAGCAUCAGGCAGUACUGGAGACACAGAGGAAACUACAGAUACAGGAGGGGAUGAUCAAGGAGCAGGUGGAACUGGAGACAUGGGUGGAGCACUUGAUUCAUCACAAGAACAAAUAGACAUAUUUAAUAGUGUCUUUAACAUGGUCAGUGAAAUUACUCUGGGAAGUAUGAGUAUUGAGGCUUUAAAAACUUCUGAAACUGUAACUUUGAUUGAAAAAUUCCUUGCAGGAGAUAUAAAUACAGCUCUGGCAAAGAUUGAAGCUGCUCAAAUAAAUGAAUUUCUCAGUAGUCUGACUACAGUUAAGGCAUCUGUGUCAGCAGAUAUAAAGAGCAAAGAAUCUAAAACUGCAACAAAGAGUUCCUUUAACAUCGCUGAAGAAACAAGCAAUACCUUGGACAUCUUAAAAAGUAGCAUUAACAGGAUGUCUACUAAGAAGGGAAGUACCGACACGGCUGAUCUCUUUGCAGAACUAGAAACCUUAUUAAAGAAAGUGACAAAUGUAUUCUUAAUAUCAAAUGAACUUCUUUCUGAAAUUAGAACCAUCGCUUUCCAAUUAAGUACUGCCAGCACUUCUGAAGGAGAUACUGAUAUUGGGGAUGUUACUAAUUUAUUGAGCUCCAUUGAUUCAGUCCAAAAUAUAGUUCAGGCUGCAUCAUCAUCUCAGUCAGCCUUCUUGACAGCCAUGGAGACAGGUGAUGAUGGAGGAGAUACCGGUGGUGAUGGUGGAGACACUGGUGGUGAUGGUGGAGACACCGGUGGUGAUGGUGGAGACACCGGUGGUGAUGGCGGAGAUACUAGUGGUGACGGUGGAGAUACCGCUGAUGGAGAGACAGGUGAUGAAAUUGGAUCAUCAUUUGGGUCGUCAUUGUUCUCAGAUGUCAUUAUCCCAGAAAGUACUUUGAAAAUUUCACAACAAGCAUUCAUAAGCUCACAGUUAGGCCAGCUCAUGUUAGAUGUAAUGAAAGAGCUUGAAACCCUAAAGAAUGGAGGUGGUUCUGGGAGUUCAGGUAGUGGUGGGUCAGAUAGCUCAGGUGGUGAUGGCGGAGAUGGGUCAGACACCACAGAUGGUACAAGCACUGGGGAUUCAGGUAUUUCAAGUGAAGCGGUCAUAAGCAGAGUAAAUAUAAUACUGCAGGAUGCUACUACUAACAUAAACAAUCUUCAGUACAGUACUCUGAUGGCUUGUGGUGCUGUUAUUCAGGAACUGCGUCUGCUUGGUGAAACAGAGGGUGUUGUGGUGGAUACAGCAGCUAUAGAUACUACUCUCACAGCUAUUGAGUCUACUGAACAAACUCUUAAGCAAUCUAUUGACCUGCUCUCUAGUUCUGCCGAUGCAAGUACUAGUGUUCUUGUUACUCAAGAAUCUUCAGCAUUCAUAGCUAACAUGGAAGUUCAGUUCCAAAGCUUUAUAGAUGCUGUUGGCAGUGUGACAGACGAAUCAUCUGUUAUAGAGGACUCCUUCUUGCUGGAACAGGCUAAUUUGUUCACAAGUUCAUUAACUGAGCUUAGUUUGAUGAGUACUACAAUCUCACAGGAAACACUCCAGGUGCUUAAAUCAAGUUCUGAAAGUCUAUUCACAUCUGACCUCGGGGAAAACCCUCGAUUUGUACCUGGUCUAAAAGCUGCUGCAUACUUUGUGUUAGAUUCAGGCAUUUCAUUAAGUGAAGUCAUUGGAGGUUUUGCAGUUGGAAGCACUCUGCAAAAAUCACAGACACAAGAAAAAUUAUUUGUCACUAAAGGAGCCCAGACAAUACUGGAAGAAUUUAGUGUUGCUAUGACUGGGAUAAAGGAAUCAGGAGGAACUGCUGAUCCAGACCCUGAAAGUGCAUCAGUGGUACAAAUAAAGACGAUCAUACAAGACUCUCGAAAUAUCCUAGAAGAAUGGACCUCUGGAAACAUUCAAGAAUACCAAGUAGAAAUGUGUAGAGGCUUCUUGCAGGUGCUUCCUAGCUUGACAGCUGCCCUGAAAGAUAUUGCUCCACUACCUGAACUUGAAGACUUAGCGGUUGAGAUGGAGGGUGCUACACAAUCCAUUAUGACAACGACAGAAAGGAUAACUAUGGAGGAAAUGGAAGAUGAGGAAGAUGCUGUUAUUGAUGGUGUUUUCAUGUAUUGUGGUCAACUAGAGUCAUUUGCUGAGGGUAUUGUGGAAUUAGAUGAAAAUGGAAAUGAAGUAGAGCUAGAGCAAGUGGAUGCCAUGUUAACACUCCUGAAAGACGUUUCAGCUGACCCUGUCAGUAUUGAUAUGGCGUCCGUGCAAGAGACAGUGAAAAAUUUCAUGAACGUCAUGCAGGGAGUAGAAGCAGGCUCUUCGGUUAAAAACUACAAAGUAGUAGUACAGAUUUUGGGAGACAUAACUAACUCAUUAGCGUCAACUAGGCAAUCUACCAUUUUCACAAGAGGAGGAGAAGCUGCCUUAGCCGUGAUGGGAGUCAUGCCCUUUAGCGGAAUGAGUGAGGAAGGCAGCACUUUUACUCCUGUAUUAGAGGUCCAGGAAAUGAGUAUGAUGGUCAGUUCUAUGACAACCAGUAUAUUCUCAUCAUCAAGAGGUUCAGUUCGAGAGUUGGCAGCAGCAGCACCUAAGCUACAAAUGGCAGUUGAAAAAUAUAAUGGAAACAUAGCAUCACUUUCAAUACUUGAAGAGAAUUUGGCAAUCUUUUCAAGAUCAAUGAGUAAUUUUGCUUUUUAUACAACACAAGAAUAUAAUUCCAUGAGAACAUCUGAAAUUUUAAAAGAAACAGCAAGCAUUAUUGAGGCUGCCACAACUGACUUAAAAACACUCACAAUGAGUAUGGGCAGUGUAAUGACAUAUGAAAGUAAUGAUCAGAUAUCGAAGGCCUUCGAUAUCUUAGUCACAUUUGCUUCUGACUUAUCCGCUCUCCCAUUUGACCUGAAGACACAGCUAGAGGAAAUUGAUUUCAGCACCGUGACCUUGCCUGCAAGUGGAGGUACUGGUAUCGAGAAACUAUUUGAGGUUUAUACCAUGAUGGAUGGUCUCAAUGAAGCCAUGUCGACUUCAACCUUAAACACCCAGUACAUGGAAUCCUUAGCUAAAAUUACACCGGCAAAUGGUGCAAUGACAAGCAUUAUCAGCAGUCUGACAAGCUUCAUGACCAUUCCUAGUGAGGAAGGAGAUGGAAGCAAUACUGAUGGAGGUGAAUCGGUUGGUGAUGGAAAUGGAGGCGAUGCUGGAGAAGAUAUAGAUGUUAAUGCAAUAAUUGCGGAUAUUCAAGCAGCAGCAGGGAACUUAUUUGCAGAGGGACUCGUGUUGCCGGAAGGAGACAUGGAAACGCUUGUUGCUGCUAGUGAAACACUGAGCAGCAUCUCUGCAACAAUGGGAGGUGUACUCGAAGAUAUACCUGGCUUGAUUUCUGAAUUAUCAGAAACAUCUGCCCAAAUGAGCCAACUUGUACGUGGGUAUGGGACAGCAGUUCAAAAUAGGUUGAUGUAUUCCAGCAUUGAGGAUAUAGCCACCAUGUCCACUAUGAUCAAAUCAGCAGUCAAUGUGGGUGUUCCUGAUGGUGCCCAGAGCCAUGUUGAUUCUAUGGUUACAAUCUUUGAAAGUUUCGUAAUGGGUUCAGCUUUCAUCUCUCAAGAUGACGUUGUUUCCCUAAAGAGUUUGGCGUAUGAAUUCAGUGCUAUGGCGGAUGGCAAUGCUGGAGCAGAUGUUACUAUGUUGAUGGAGCUUAUUGAUCAGACAGAGAACGUGCUUCUGACAACGCAAGGUUUCCUAUCUUCUCAACAAUUAUUCUUUGACAGUAUGAUGGAAAAAGAGUUCAAUAUGGAGAUAUUUAAGGCCGAAUCAGAACAUAAUUCUGCCUAUCAGCAGUAUUACUUCCUUGGUGCUAUGGACAGUCUACUAAUGUCCCUAACGAGUAAUCUAACAGGAUUGAUUGAUGCUGGAGGAAGUGGCGAGGAAAUGAACAAGACAUCAUUAACAAGCAUUCGCGCCGCUCUCACUACUGCUGGUGCCGAUAUGGGAUCUAUGGAUAUGAACCUUGUCAGUGGAAUUGGAAUGUCCUUAAUUGCCAUCCAAGAGGCGCAAACCAAUGGGUUAUCUGUCAAUGUUACAGAAGUUGAGAAUCUUCGUAGUUUUGUAGAAUCUGUUCAAGUAACUAUCAAGAAUGAGAGUAGCAUGAUGGAAGGCUAUGGAAGGACCGUCACAGAUGUCUUUGCGGCUCAAGAUGCACUAAACAUUCUGGAUGCAUUUGAGAAUGAAGCAAUGCUUUGGUUCGCUGGAGAUGAAUCGGCUGGAGGAAAUGGAGGUGAUGAAUCGGCUGGAGGAAAUGGAGGAGAUGAGUCGGCUGGAGGAAAUGGAGGUGAUGAAUCGGCUGGAGGAAAUGGAGGAGAUGAGUCGGCUGGAGGAAAUGGAGGAGAUAAUGCAGCAGGAGAUUCAGGUGAUGAAGGUGAAGAAAAUAGUCUGCAAAGCUUCGUAUCCGAAGUCAGUGAUAUACUCUUGUCCUGGACUUUCGACAGUUCAGCAGUAGAUGGUAGUUCUGUCGUAAAAUUCAAAAGGACCCUGAAGAAACUUACAUCUAUGUUUGAUGUCGCUAAAGAAGGGGAUAUUCCAGAAUUGCAGAUAUGGCAGUAUAGUACCAAGGAAUCAAGUCUGUCAGAGUUGAUAACUGAUGUGUACUUGGGAACUGCACAAGAAGGAGCUGGUAUUGAGGAGGUAGUUUAUAGGUUUGAUUUGGCUUACACAGUACUAGAGGAUUUGUUAGAAAUUCUUGAAGGUAAUGGUGGUGAUGGUGGUGAUGGUGGAGACACUGGAGGAGGAAGUGAAAAUGGUGGUGAUGGUGGUGAUGGUGGAGACACUGGAGGAGGAAGUGAAAAUGGUGGUGAUGGUGGAGACACUGGAGGAGGAAGUGAAAAUGGUGGUGAUGGUAGUGACGGACAGGGUAAUAGUGGAGGAGGUAAUAAGAAAGAAAAGAAGGCAAAAGAAAUGAACGCAAACAGAUUACAUCAGAUAACUACGGAAAUGACUUCAGUCUUGAACGGAUUAGAAGCCCCGAAGGACAUAAGGCAAGACCAAAUCAAGAAGAUGAAGAGGUUUGGUAAAGAACUUAAGAGCUUGAUGAAGGUUGAGGGUGCAAAACUAGGUGAUGAUGACGGUGCUGAACUAAAAACUCUAGUACAACAAAAAAUGGACAGUUUUAGAGAAGCAAAAGAAGCAAUGACUACCUAUUCAGAGGAAGUCUCCAGCAAAGUCCAAAUCAUGAAAGAAAUCUCUUUCUUCCAGGAAAUCAUGAAUUUCCUGCAAUAUUCCACACAGUUGUUAGAUACAGUUAGUGGAAACGGCAGUGGUGCAUCAGGAGGCACCACGGAAGCAGGAGAUGGAUCAGAAGGAGGCACCACGGAAGCAGGAGAUGGAUCAGAAGGAGGCACCACAGAAUCGGAUGGAGGUGAAAACUGCAGUAAUGAAGAUAGCGUGUUAUGUGCCUCCCAGCUGUUGCUAGAAUCACUACAGCUUGCAGAAACAGAAAGCGCAGGCAGUGAAGGCGACGCAGCAGGAGGUUCAGCCAGUGAAGGCGAUGCAGCCGGAGGUUCAAACGGCGAAGGUGAAAGCAGUGACAGUGGUGCUGGUGGUAUGGGCGACAGUGCAUCAUUCCGGUAUCAAAACGUAAGGGGAAAAAUACACGAUUUCUCUAAGGCCAUGAGACACUUCAGCAAGGAAGAAAGCGGCUCCUUAGCUACCACCAAAAACCUGAUUGGGGAUGCUAAAGCUAUCGCUGAAAAAUUUGUUACGGAUCUGACAACCGAGUCAAAUUCCAUGACGUCGUUUACCGAUGUGUCUGCACACUAUACAGUACCAGAAGUAACUGUCACCACUUCCAAGUGAUGACA